AUGGCUUAUGAUCGCUAUGUAGCAAUCUGUCGCCCUCUUCAUUACUCAAUACUUAUGAGUCCCAAGCACUGUGCUCAAAUAGUACUUGCAGUGUGGGUCAUAGGUUUAUUCGAUCCUGUUGCCCAUACAAUUUUAAUUGCUAACUUUUCAUACUGUCGGUCUCACCACAUUGAUCACUUUUUCUGUGAUGUAACCCCAUUGCUUAAACUUACCUGUACUGAUACAUUUACUGUUGAAUUAUGGACCUACAUUGAUGGGACUCUCAUGACUGUCAGUGCAUUUAUACUUACAUUGAUAUCUUAUGUGUUUAUCAUUGCCAAUAUUCUAAAAAUACAAUCAACAAGUGGUCGACAUAAAGCUUUUUCUACCUGUAGCUCUCACAUAACUUGCGUUAUUAUAUUUUAUGGAACAAUUAUCAGUUUGUAUAUGAGACCAACAUCUAUGUAUUCACCAGAACAAAACAAGUUUUUUUCUCUUUUAUAUAUCAUACUUAUUCCAAUGUUGAAUCCUCUUCUUUACACCCUGAAGAAUGAGGACUUUAAAGGUGUUUUUAAAAGAUUAGUAAAAAAAAUUUUUUAA